AUGUUGACAGCCAAUCAUUUCUUCGAUCUUAUCAUCAUUGGAUGUGGUGCAGCCGGUAUUGGAGCUGCACUUCAAUUACAAAAAUAUCCAUCAACUACUCGUUUUAUUAUUCUCGAAGCUCGUGAUCGUGCAUGUGGUCGAGCGUUUACCGAUACACAAACUUUUGGUGUAAAAGCUCCUGUCGACGUAGGGGCUCGUUGGUUACAUCAUUAUCAUUCAGACAAUCCUUUUUACACUUAUUAUUCUCCAUCGGACAAAGACCACAUUGAUAAUGAUACGUAUGAUAGAUUGAAAACAGGCACCUUUGAUAAAGAUGGUACAUCUAUUUCAUUAGAUUCGAUGGAUGAAGCCGAGAAAAUCUUUGAACAAUAUUGUACGAUCAUUAAAAAAUAUCCAUCCGAUAAAGAAGAUGUCUCCAUAUUCGAGGUCAUUCGUGACGAAUACGCAAAGAUUGCAAGCGAAAAAAUACAACGUCUUGUUGGUUUGUGCCUUGCUUCCAUGGAAGACCAUGAAGGAGCAAAUCUAACUGAAAUCUCGACUAAGUCUUAUGGAAUCGGAGAAGGUAACAUCGAUGCACCCAUUCUUACAAUUUCUGAUGGAUUGGGUUCAUUCAUCAAGCAGAUCGUUGAUGGAAAUACUCUUCCUAUUGAGUUUAACACUGUUGUCACUCAGAUUGAUAUUUCCAAUGAAUCGAAUGGACAUGUUCAUAUUUCAACAUCAAAUGAUCGUCAUUACUUAUGCAAAUAUGUUCUCGUUACUAUACCACUUGGUUGUUUAAAAGCACGUUCAAUUGUAUUCAUGCCACCCAUACCAGAUUGGAAGCUAACAGCUAUUGACAAAAUGGGUUUUGGUUUGUUGAAUAAAGUUUUUCUUCAAUUUACAUCCAUAUUUUGGGAUGAGAAAUUGCAAAACAUUGAUGUUAUUACGAAUCAUUAUUAUCAGUGUUAUGUCUGUAUCCCAGAAGCUCGUAUUUUAGUUUUGUAUAUUGCUGCUAGUCAUGCACGUGAAUUAGAACAAUACAGUGAUGAACAAAUAGUGAAAAAACUAGUUACUUCUCUCCGUCUAAUUUAUCCUCUAAUGACCGAUCCUAUUAAGUCGUUAGUAACAAGAUGGGCAUGUGAUCCGUAUUCAUGUGGAUCAUACUCAUAUUUUGCCGUGGGAACUGACCUAGAAACUGUAAAAGAUCUAGCACGCGAGUCUCACGAUGGUCAUGUACAUUGGGCUGGUGAACAUACAAAUUACAAUGGAUCGGUUGGUUAUGUUGACAGUGCAUUCGAAAGUGGACAACGUGAAGCGACACAUAUCUUAGAGAAACUUGAACAGUCUUAA